GGGUGAAAGUACUUACCUACAAUUACAAGCAAAUAACGCGGAGACGGUUGAUGGGCAAUUUCGUUCACCUCAUUCCAGCUUCAAGCAAAUCAAGACACUCAAUGCAUUCAACGUGUUUCUAGUUAUUAAACUCAUUCAGAAGGAUACCACGGAUACUAAGGAUCUUCAAGUAGCAGAAGUUUCAUAUCUUUGGAUGAUAACACUAGAAAAGAUAACAAAGGAAACAAAACAAACCAGAAAGAAACAGAAAUACGACAGAGGUUGUGCAAGAGCAUCAUAUAAGACAACGUAUACUUCAUAUAUAUGUACAGAUCAUGAGAGGUUUUUUUGAACUUUCCCGAAUUUUUUCGUUGGUACUUUGCAUCAUCGUCAUCAAUGCAGACAAUACUUUGGGCAACACGAAGUUCGAAAAUGAAGGAGGGUCACGUGGAGUCAAAAAUUGUACCGUGGAUAAGAGUCAUCCGUCGGCCACGGAUCCCGAACACAUUCUUAUCUCUGAUUUGAUGAAACAUUAUAAUGCCGACGCCAGACCAAUCUUAAAUAAAUCUGCAGCUGUGAAUGUGACUUUCGAUUUGGCUUUCAAUCAAAUUGUCGAUCUUGAUAGUAGACAGCAAACGUUGAAGAGUAAAAUUUGGCUACGACAGUUUUGGGUGAACCCGUAUCUCACGUGGGACUACAACGAUUAUUGCGGAAUAAAAUUUAUCAUUCUCAACUCGAAGAGGAUUUGGAAACCGGACAUUGUGCUAUACAACAGCAUUGGACACGAUGCAGCAAUUUAUAACAGUAAUUACAUGAUAAAGAUACACCAUGAUGGCCAAACAGAAUGGUACUGUCCUGCCGAGAUCAAAAGCAUUUGUCAUAUAGACAUCAAAGAUUUUCCAUUCGACACACAGCAAUGUCGACUCAAGUUUGGAUCUUGGAUCUAUACGGGAGAGGAGGUCGACAUCCAGCCCCAGAGAGAGACAGCAGAUUUGAAGACGUACACGGCCAACGGAGAAUGGAAACUAAUCAGCGCAGCAGCCAAAAGAAAUUCCAUUAAAUACACAUGUUGCCCAAUCUCGUACAUUGAUAUCACGUACACACUAAACAUUAGACGUCGCGUUCGAUUUUAUAUGAAUAAUCUUAUCUUACCUUGUGUAAUCUUGGGCGCACUAACUGCCCUAUCGUUCUACCUUCCACCAGAGUCGGGUGAACGCAUUUCACUGGUCAUGACAAUUUUGCUAGGUUUGACAGUAUUCAUGUUACUGUACAACGAAAGCAUCCCACCAACAUCAGAAUCGACGCCUUUGAUUGGGAAAUACUUUUUUGCAAUCCUCCUGCAAGUGACAAGCUGUUUGGUUAUAACGUGCUCGAUUCUUCGUUGCUAUCAUCACAAUCCCUUUAAAGAAAUGCCCAGGUGGUUUCGAUAUCUUAUAUUUAACGUGCUGGCCCCCAUACUCCGCAUGAAGUUCCCCCAUCGUAAGCACAAGAUCGACAACCGCCGCAGACCAAAACAAACGCAGCUUCUGCAGCACAACAAACACGUCUACACUACAGAAACAUAUGUCCCAAAUGGCAAAGACAGGUACCCGACCUGCUGGAGUGGUGACAAUCGUGAAACCAGUCCACGAAAUUCGAAUACGAGUCUGGAGAAGGCAGCAGUCGAGACGACAAAUGAUGGAAACUGUGAAGGCAUUUCAAAUCAAGUUGAUAUACUCUUGGAUUAUUUUGAUAACGAGCAAAAAGUGGACGUGAAACGAGAUGAAUGGCAUUUUGCUUCGAUCGUUUUAGAUCAGGUUUUCUUUUAUAUGUUUGCUGCCACGAUAAUAUUUUCUGCCAUCACGUUCUACGCUAUGAUACCCAGCUAAACCUUCUUUCACAUGUACCAAGUUCGCCUAAAUGACUUAUUGACAUGUAAAUUAAAAUCAGUGACAAAUACUAAACUGUGCUGAACUAUAAUAACAUUUUAUGUCUUGAUACAUAUACUUCAUGUUACACGAGAGUGAAAUAAGGCGGAAAGUCAAAUGGGUGGUGAUAAAAGAGAAUAUUGUAUUGUAACAAGUGAACCUCGGAAUUUUUCAUCUGCUGAUUUGCUUUCUCGAUAUACUUUACUUUAUUGAUGUUUUAUGAGAAACCAGAUUGAUCAAAAACCAGCUGACAUUUGACAAAACUGGAAAUUUAUUUUAAAUAUAUAAAAAAUAAUAUAUUAUGCAUGCAAUAUUUGAGGAUUUCUACAUAAAUCCUAAUAUAUAUAUUACUUCCUUUAAAAAACACACAUCACUUGUAAUGUAUACAAAAAUUCAGAUACAAAAAAGCAUAAAAAUAAUAUCAAAGAAGGGCACCUCGAUAGUCCUACGAUUAUCUCUUUGAA